AUGAUAUUUCACUAUGCCUCAAGUGGAAGGAAGUACUGGUACCACAGGAAUGUUGCUUAUAGGGAACCGUGUCCAAUUUUUGGCAAUUUUGGCGCGACUUUAACUAUGAGACGAAGCUACACAAAUAUGCUUCAGUAUUUUUAUGAUCAAUACAAAAAUGAAAAAUAUAUGGGUAUAUUUCAAGCCCGAAGACCGGCGUUGCUGCUAUUUGACAUCGGAUUGGUGAAGAGUGUGUUAUCUAAAGAAUUUCAAAAUUUUAGUGAUCGCAUUUCUGUAGCUACGGAUACAGUACGUGAACCAUUACUGCGGAAUGUGGCUAAUAUGAGUGGCACUGAGUGGCAGAAGAUGAGACAAAUUAUUACGCCUACAUUUUCUUCGGCUAAAAUGAAAGCUAUGUUUCCUCUAGUUAUAGACUGUGCGAAAACACUAGAAUCAAUUUUAUUGGAAGAAUCAAAGGAAGACAUCGAAGUUCCGAAGUUGAUGAGUCGUUUCACUACGGAUGUUAUAGGUAGCUGCGCAUUCGGGGUUGAUCCUGGUGCUCUUAGAGACACUCAAUCGCCAUUUUUGAUAAUGGCUAAAAGGAUGUUCAAAGCUGAUAGCACAACUAUUUUAAAACGAUACUGUCGUGCAUUUUUUCCACGUCUAUUUAAACUUUUAAAUCUCAGGUCGUACGCGGUGGAUAUAGAAGUAUUUUUUACUAAUAUUAUUAAACGUGUUCUAUCAGAGAGACGUAGGACUGGUAAGCAACGCAGCGAUUUUAUUCAACUUAUGAUGAACGUACAAAAAACUGACACAGCAUUUCCUAUGACGGAUGAAUUGAUAGUAUCAAAUUCCUUUAUAUUUAUGUUAGCUGGUCUAGAAACGUCGUCAACCACAUUAUCGUUUUGUUUGUAUGAACUGGCUAAAGAUCAAGAGAUACAAAAUAAAUUACGAGAAGAAAUAAAGGAAUGCUUAAAUCGCUACGGUGAAUUAAAUUAUGAGGCUGCGUGCAACAUGCGACUAGUAGCUCAAACGUUUUUAGAAACUUUAAGACUGCAUCCUCCAACACCACUAACUACCCGUCUCUGCACAGCACCUUGCACGCUCCCUGGUACUGAACUGAAUAUGAAAGAAAGAGACGCUCUCCUAAUACCUAUAUAUUGCAUUCAAAGGGAUGCUAAGCAUUUUUCAUAUCCGGAAAAAUUCGAUCCAGAUCGAUUUCAAGAUGACUUUAAUCCAACGGGUUUCGUCGCAUUUGGCGAUGGCCCCAGAAGUUGCCCAGGUGCACGUUUCGCUCAACUAAUCGUAGCAGCUGGCCUGACAACUAUUCUAUCAAACUAUGUGCUAGAGCCUUGUGCUAGAACUACUCCAAGCAUACAAUAUGACGCGAGGAGUGUUAUGUUAAAAAAUAAAGGAAGCAUUUGGUUGAGAUUUAGACCUCUACAUAGUACA